UCUUCUCUAUUUCUUCCAUCGUAUUCUUUCUAUACCCUUGCUAGUGCAUAUGUCGCUAUCUCUGUCAACUGCUGCUCCUUUUCCAGCGGACGAGCGUCGUAUCAGUCGCAAACUGACAAUCAACAUCGAACAGAGCCUCAUCAAUGUCCGGCCGGUCAUUAAAGGUGCAAUUAAAGAAGCCGCACACACCUUGGCGGAUGCCUACGCCGGCAAUGCCAUGUUUGACUGUGGCCUCGAUCACCGCAAACACGACGAGUUUCUGUAUACCCUUUUCAAGACCAUGAUCAACAACGCAACCCUCCAAAGUCGUGACUACGCCAUCCAAGUAGAAGGAUGCACAGGUGUGCUCGUGUGGACAAACCAGCCACAGGGCUAUCAUUGGCCACAGGUUUUUGGCACGGCCAAGUUGGCAAGCUUCAUCGGCUGGGCCGCAGCGUUAAAGGCAACCAUCCAAAACCAGCCCUCGAGUGAUAAGAUCCGACGCAAGAUCAUGAAGCAGUAUCCGUACUAUAUCACCAUCGGUUACAUGGGGGUUCUGCCACAUGAGCAACGCAAGGGAUUCGGCUCGGCAUUGCUUCAGCACCUCACGGACAAGGCGGACACGGCCCAGCAUCCGAUCUGUGUCCAGGUGAACGAUGACAAGGCGAUCAAAUUUUUCGAAAAGCACGGAUUUACUAUUGCUGCCAAUCUCAAGAACCAAUCCGUGUUCAUGCUGCGUGAGCCGGUGGUCGCUAGCACCAACAGCGAACCCAAGCCGCUGCGUAUCCGUCCUGGCCGACGUAUUUCGGAUUACUAGUUCUGUUAAACAUUAUAUUGAUUUCCCACAACAUUGACGCAAAAAGUUUCUGAUUUCCACUGCAUUUGCUGUAAUUUCCUACUCCACACUGCUACACUACUUUUUU